AUGUCUAUACCCAGCAGUGCUCGAACAGCAUCGACCAACCUCCUCUGGGGUCCGACCGGUCACCGAGUGCUAGAAGGCAGACUGGCCAUUGUUACUGGCGCUUCAAGAGGCAUCGGCGCCGCCGUCGCCCGCAACCUCGCCAGCAAAGGCUGCAACCUAGUGCUCAACUACACCUCCGACUCGUCGACCAAGCUCGCCGAACAGCUUGCCCAAGACCUGCGCUCCGAACAUGGCAUCAAAGCCGUCACCGUCCAAGCCAGCAUGGGCUCCGAGGAAGGCCCCAAGUACAUUGUUGAGGUUGCAAAGAACCACUUCCAGCACCCCAAAUCCGGCAACUUCCAGAUCGACAUCAUCAUCAAUAAUGCCGGUGUGGCACGCAACGAUACCCUCGAGACGGUAUCAGCUCAGGAGUUUGCGAGGCAGUUCAAUGUCAAUGUGCGGGGGCCGCUGCUGCUCGUGCAGGCGGCGUUGCCCUAUCUGCCGCAUGAUCGCUCAGGCCGCAUUGUGAACGUCUCCUCGGUGAGCUCCUCACUCGGCUACAUCAGCCAGUCCAUCUACGGCGGCACCAAAGCCGCCCUGGAAGCCAUGACGCGGACAUGGGCUCGCGAACUCGCAGAACGUGCGACCGUCAAUGCGAUCAAUCCUGGUCCUGUCACUACGGAUAUGUAUCUCUCGACAGACGACAAGUUCACGGCGCAGAAUAAACCGCACAUUGAGAAUACGCCGCUGGCAAGGCCAAGGCAGGGAAUCGAUCCCCCGGAGAUCUACGAGCCUGCGAUGAAGGCAGGUGGGAGGCCGGCGUAUAGCGAGGAGAUUGCGGGAGUGGUCGGGAUGCUGUGUACGCCCGAGGCAGGGUGGACGACGGGGAGUGUCGUGUGCGCGAAUGGUGGGAUGAAGUUUACUGUUUGA